AUGCCACCAAAGAAAGCUUUCAAAAAAGGUUGUAGAAAGAAUGAUAAAUCAAAUUAUGAGAGAAGACCUGCAUGGCAAGAACAUACACCAGCUAAUCAAAACUUUGAAGCUUACUAUAAGGCUCAAAACAUACUCAGUCCAGAAGAAUGGGAUGAAUUCAUGAAAUUUGCAAAGGAAUUGCUACCAACAUCAUUUAGGAUUACAGGUAAUAAAUCUACGGCUAAAGAUCUUAAUGAACACAUUAAGAAGACAUACAUUCCUAUACUUAGUGAGGCUAAACUUGAUGGUGUUCAAUUAGCACCACCAAGACAACUUGAAUGGUACCCUGAUGGUUUAGCUUGGCAAUUGAACCUCACAAAAACUCAAAUCAGAAAGAGUCCUGAGUUUAAGAGAUUCCAGAAUUUCUUAGUUUAUGAAAAUGAAGCGGGUAAUAUCAGCCGUCAAGAAGCUGUCUCUAUGAUUCCACCUCUUCUUUUAAAGCUUGAACCACAUCAUUCUGCUGUUGACAUGUGUGCUGCUCCUGGUUCUAAAACAGCUCAACUUUUAGAAGCCCUCCACGCUGACCCAGCGAAGGAGCCAACUGGCCUUGUAGUAGCAAACGACAGUGAUAACAAGAGAGCAUACUUACUUGUUCACCAAACGUCACGUCUUCCAUCACCUAACAUUAUGGUUACUAACACGGAUGCUACUAGUUUCCCAAAUAUCUACGCAACGGAUGAAACUACAGGUUCUAGAAAGAAAUUCCUUUUCGAUAGAGUCCUUUGUGAUGUUCCAUGUACUGGUGAUGGUACAGUCCGUAAGAAUCUCGAAAUUUGGUCACAUUGGACAGCAAAUAACGGAAAUGGUUUGCACAGUCUUCAACUUCGUAUUCUCAACCGUGGUAUUCAAAUUCUCAAACCUGGUGGUAGAUUAGUUUACAGUACCUGCUCAAUGAACCCAAUUGAGAAUGAAGCUGUUAUCGCAACAGCAUUAAAGGAGAACCCAGAUAUGACUCUUGUUGAUGCCGCACAAGAAUUACCACAACUUAAGCGUAAAGAAGGUAUCAAAGAUUGGAAAGUAAAUACCUCUAGAGAUGCCAUCGAAUUUGGUGACAGAGAAGCUCUUUUGGCUGCUGCUACUGAUGAAAGAGAGCGUAGCAGAAUCCAAGAUAAGCUUCCAAAAUCAAUGUGGCCACCUACAAAGGAAGAUGCUGAUGCUUUGAAUUUAGAAAGAUGCUUGCGUGUGUACUCUCAUCAACAAGAUACAGGAUCAUUCUUCAUUGCUGUACUCGAAAAGAAAGCCACAGAAGAAGUAGUUAAAGAAACUAAACCAACUGAAACUGAAAUUGAAACUGAAACAACUGAAGGACAGGUAAAGCGUCCAGUUAGUCCAUCAGCUCAAUCAGAACGUCCACAAAAGCGUGUCAAGAAAGAUGAACCAACUGCUGAGAAAGGUAAAGUAAAGCCAGAUAGCACAUUCAGAGAGGAUCCUUUCAGCUACAUGGAAGAGAAUGACGAUGAAGUAAAGGGAAUGGUCGAUUACUAUAAAUUCCACGAAAGCUUCCCAAAGCAUAACUUAUUAGUUAGAAAUCCGAACCAACAAGCUGGAAGAACUAUCUAUCUCACAAGUAAUUUAGUUAGGAACAUUCUCCAUAGCAGUGAUUACACCAGAUUAAGGCUGAUUAGCAGUGGUGUCAAAUUAUUCGUCAAGCAAGACAAUCAAAAAGCAUACGCUGAGGAGGAAAAAGAAGGUGAAAACAGAUGCAAAUGGAGAGUAACCAACGAGAGUGUAAACUUUGUCAAGAAGUAUUUACCAAAGGAAUCAAUUUUGAGCGGCACAGCUGAUGAUCUCAGGUCGUUUGUUGAACAUUACCACCCUGUUAUUAGUUCAAUAGGUGGUGAAGAUGGAAAACUUAGAGAUAUUCUUCAAAAUGUAAAAUCUGGAAGUCACAUCGUUGAAUUCAGUCUUGAUAAUGGUGAGAAUGGACUUAGUCAACCUGUUUACGUCCCAUUAUGGAAGAGUAAAACAAGUGUUAGUAUGAUGGUUGAUAAGAAAGAAAGAAGUGCGUUAUCAUUGAGAUUGUUCGGUGAAGAUGUCUCCGAAGCAGGUAGAAAGCAAGCUGAAGCUCAAAAGAAAAGAGAGGAGAAGAUGAAGACUGCAAUAGAAUCUGGUCAACAACACUGGCCAGGACAUGAAAAACCUGUUGAAACACCUGAUGAGUCUUCAGCUGAACAAACUGCUCAACCUUCGGAAACACCAGCACCAGAAGCAACUGAAACACCACAACCAAAAGUAGAAUAAGCUUAUCUUUGUAUAGAAUUACAUUUAC